AUGUCUUUUUCACCUGAGAAACAAAACCCAGUUCCUCCAUUGAAAAAAACACAAACACCAUCGAGCUGGUCAGACCUCUGGCUCAACAACAACAAUUCUCUCAACAAUGUCGUCUUUGCUAUGAAACUCCAUUCUCUCUCCAAACCCAAACCCCAACCUCACAACACCCUUUUCUUCGUUCGGUCUAUGCUCCUCUCAGAUCCAAUCUCUCUCCUUUCUGACCAACUUCUCCUCCAAAUCCUCUCCAAACUUCUUCAAUCUCAGACAAAAUCCAAUUUCCUAGUUUCCAAACGCUGGUUCAAUCUCCAAGGCCAUCUCGUUCGUUCCCUCAAGCUUCUAGAUUGGAACUUUCUCAGCUUCGGUUGUUUAUUUCUUCGAUUCCCAAAUCUCAUCCAUGUCGAUUUGAUUCAUGGAUGUGUAGUUUCGCCUAAAAACUCGGGUAUUUUGUUGACUUGUAAUCUUGUUUCUCUUCAUAUUGAUUCCAAUGUUUUCCCAAAUGGGUUUGUUCUUGAGAAUUACAUGUCAUCAAUUGAUGAAGUUGAUUCUGGUUUGAAAUCAUUAGCUGGUGGGUACCCAAAUUUCAGAAAACUUAUGGUUAUCAAUGCUAGUGAAAUUGGGUUGUUGAGUGUUGUUGAGGAGUGUCCUACAUUGCAAGAAUUAGAAUUACAUCGGCGUAACGAUCAGGUUCUGCACGGUAUCAUGGCGUUUCAAAAUCUUCAGAUAUUGAAAUUGAUUGGAUUUGUUGAUGGGUUUUAUGGGUCUUUGGUUUCAGACAUUGGUUUGACUAUGUUGGCACAAGGGUGUAAGAGAUUGGUGAAGCUUGAGCUCAGUGGAUGUGAGGGAAGCUAUGAUGGGAUCAAAGCAAUUAGGCAGUGCUGCCAAAUGCUUGAAGAAUUCACUCUGAUUAAUCAUAGGAUGGAUGGUGGGUGGUUAUCAGCUCUUUCAUAUUAUGAGAAUUUGAAAACUUUGAAGUUUCAAUCGUGUAAGAUAAUCAAUUGUAGUCCUGGGCUUGGAAUUACUGCAAGUACACGUAAUGCUUGUGAUUCUGAGGAUAAUGAUUAUGACUCUGAUGGUUCAGAAGUGGAUAAGAAAGUUGAGGGAGAUGAAUAUAGUUCUGAUGAAUCUGAUUUCUAUUAUUCUUCUGAAGAUAAUGGAGAUUCACCAAAAAACAAGCAGAAGUUGGAGCUACCUUCUUCUGAUGAUUUAGAGGAUGAUGAUUAUGAUCCUGAUGCUCCAGAUCUUAGUGAUCAGGUUAAACAGGAAAGUUCAAGUUCUGAUUUUAUAUCUGACUCUGAGGAUUUUAGUGUUGCAUUCAAUGAUAACAUAUAUCUCUAUGUAACUACAAACCUGUGCCUGAUGAACUGGUGUAUGCGUCAUCAGACCAGAACAAGCCCUGUGGUGUCUCCAAUGGAGAAAGAUCUAAAGUUGGUCGGAGAAAAAAACAAUCUUUAA